GGAGGCACAGAAAGGAAAAACAGCGGGCUUGUUUGAAACAGGAAGAGCGUUUCGGUAGCUAUUGACAACGCUGUGAUUCAUUGAGAAAGUUUGUUUUGUUUCUUAUAUAAAGCCUACAACUGUUCAUUUUAAUGGAUGCUUAAACUCCAACUACAGCUCAAGGGCGCCGUGACGUUGUUCUAACGUAACACGGAAGGCUGUCAACUGCACACGAGAAACGGAGACCAUAAUAAUGUGUGUUAACUAACGUUAACGUUAGCUAAGUGGCUAACGUCAGCUUAGCUAGCUGCCACCCAGUAGCACUUUCGUGUUUCACUGACGUGCUGUAAGCGUAAAGCUUCCGCUAAAGUGUUGAAAUCUGGCUGGUUGGGAAGUUAUCGCAACAGAACCAAAAUGUCCUCCAAAGACGACACCCGCAUCCUGGAUUUGGAGGAGCAGGUGAAGAGUUUAUCAGAUGAGUUAAUGCAAUGCCAGGCAGACAAGGAGUUUGUGUGGUCCCUAUGGAAACGCCUGCAAGUGGCAAAUCCAGACUUGACCCAGGCUGUCAGUUUGGUGGUUGAGCGUGAGAAGCACAAAGCUGAGCUCAAGGACAGAAAAGUGUUGGAGAUCCUCCAGUCCAAAGACUACAAGAUACAGGAGCUGGAGCAGAAAGUGACAGGUCAGCAGCAGGAGAUUAACAACUUGGGACUGAGGAGGACGCCAGUGGAUGAAGAGAGUGCCUUAAUGAAGAAGGAGCUGACAGCCCUGCGUGAACAACUGGUCAAUAACAGUCAGGAACUUAAGGAAAUGAAGACGGAGUGUAGGAGGAAAGGGGAGGAGGAGCGGCAGGUGGUGCAGGCUCUAGAGGAGGAGAAAAGGGGAUUAACCUCCUGCUGUGCAACCCUGCAAGCUGACCUGGAGGAGAAAGAGAGGCAGGCCAACAGCCAACGAGACCAGAGGGAUGCUGCCCAGGACAGAGUCAAGGGGUUGGAGGCGGAGCUACACAACGCGUGGCAGGAGUUGUCCAGCCUGCAGAGCCACUGCAGCAGUGUAACGGCAAUGCUUGCUUCCAAAGAGAGGGAGGCAGCCGCAAAAGAGGGGCAACUCGGUCAACUUCGUUGUGAGUUUGCAGAGGUGCAGACCUUGUACAGACAGAGUACAGAGCAUGCAGCGGAGCAGAGCCAUCUGAUCAAGCAACUGGAAGGACUCAACCUGGACACACAGAAAGUCCUGAGGAACCAAGAAGAGGCACACACUGCUGACACCACCUCCUAUCAGAAGCUGUACAAAGAGUUGAGUCAGUGCUACCAGGCCCUUGUGUCUAGUGAGGCCAACCUCCGUCAGAGUCACCAGAAGCUCAGCAGCCUGCUGGCUCAGAAAGACCAACAUAUUGUGCAACUCCAGGCCGAGCUACAACAAGAGCAGCAGGAGCAGAUAGGACUUCAGCAGCUGCAGCUGCAGCAGCAGCGCACACAAGUUCCCCAACAACAGCCCUCACAAAACAAACAAACCAACUUUAAGGCAGCGGUGUCAGAGCAGGUUGAUGCUGCGGCUCAGAGGUCGAGCCCUGAGUCCGACUGGGCCCCCGGCCGAGGCUCAGAUCCCAGGCCGCAGGAUGAGACCCUUCAACGGAGGUCCACGGGUUCCGUCAGAGGACAGCAGGGUGCACCGGUGCAGCGAUCCAGGUCUUUGUCCCCAGCCAGCGGUGUGGAGUUGGGUAGCGGGAAGAGAAAGGAUGCAGAACAGAGGAUAGAAAACCUGAAGGAGCUGCUGCAUUUGAAGAUGGAGGAGAAUGAAGAGCUGAGGAGGGCCCAUGAUAAGCGCCGUGAACGCCUGUGUCUCAUCCAAACCAGCUACAAGACAGUCCGUGGCCAGCUGAAAGAGAUGGAGAAAUCAAAUGGCUUGCCAGGUGGAAGGAUGCAGCGUGCAGAACCGCGGCAGCUGAGACAAGAGAACAGCGAUGCGGUUUGGAACGAGCUGGCCUACCUCAAAAACCUCACAAGGAAGCUCUCUAUCGAAAAGGCCGGCGUAGAAGAGGAGCUGGACAUGCUGCGAGUCCAGGCGGCCAUGGACCGGGCCACAGUGAAGGAGCUCCACUUGUGUCUUGCUAAUGAACACCAAGAAUUGCUUCACAAAGUGCUAGAGGAGCGCCGGGUCAAGAGCAGCACACCGAAAAAGCUUUCUGUUUCUUCAGAGCGAAUGGAGCAGUCAUUUAAAAAGAUAGAACAGCUGGAGCGGAGGAUGUGGUCCCUGGAGGAGGAGACCGAGGGGCUGAGGGAAGAGAAAGAGAAGCUCCUUGAGGCCAAUGAAGACUUGGCCCACAACAGCCGCAGACUGCAAGCCUCCCUGGAUCAUCUGCAAACUCAGGAAGCUGUCCGCGAAGAGGCGGCCCGGGCCCGGGCCCUGGCCCAGGGGGAGCGGCACCGCGGCGAGAUCACGGCUUUAGAAGGCCGGCUGGCCGCCUCUCGCAAAGAGGCUACCAAGCUCCAUCAUCAGUUGCUGAAGCUGAGACAGGAUCUAGGGAUCCUCAGGGCAGCCAGGGACUUCCACAGGAAGCGCGCGGCGGCGGCGGUGGCAGCAGCACCAGCGCGGGCAGCCGGGCUGCCGAGCAACAUCAGCUGCAAGGUCAAACUCAAAACAACGAGGCUCAGAGGUCCGUUACACCAGCGCAGCCACCGAACAGUCGGCGCCAAUCAAGCCAUCAGCUGGCAAGGCCGCAGCCCGAGUCCCACUAAGGACGAGUGGGAGGAUAUGAGUGUCGAUAGUGGUGAAGAGUACGAGGACAGUCUCAACAGUGUGACCGCAGGGACGCCGCCUUACACACAACAGCCUAACAGAAAGUCCUACAGGUCUUCACUGAUCUCAAACACAGCGCCAACGGCAGCCAAAUCCAACUGGAAAAAUAAACAUGUUCCGGCCCAAGACGUUGAACAGCAUGAGCCCUGGGACCGAGGGACGAGAGGAGAGGAAAGGAGGUGGAGGAGGAAGAAGAGGAUGCUAAUGAAGACCCGGCACUACUCCUCCUCUUCUCUGCAGCAGCACACAGAGUCCCUCCAGCAUCACAUUGACAUACUGCGAAGUGCCAGGAAAGACGCUCUGCUUUCUGCCAGGGAGCUGCGAAGGGCCAAUGAGAAAAUCACGGCACAACUCGCCUCCCUCACCGAGCAACUCUGCAGCAGCGAGCAGCGAGCACAGAAGCUGACCUCUGACCUGGCUGGUAAGGAGCGGCAGAAGAAGGUUCUGCAGAUGGAGCUGGAGCAGUGGAGGCAGAUCACGUUACCCCAACAAACUGUGCCAACGGCACCCGCAAACGCAGCGUGCUCCUGUCAUGGCGGGACCGUGCCCCCCGCAGCUAAUCCGGCCCUGCAGGCCCUGGAGGCCGAGGUCAAACAACUUCAAGCCAGACUUAAGAGUGCAGGUGCGGAGGUCACAAAGCAGGUGGCAGCCAACAAAGCCCUGCGAGGCCAUCUCCAGGAGAAGGAGGACAAGCUCCGUCAGCUGCAGGACAAGGCGAGCCACACAGAGCGAGAUGUGGCCAUGAAGAGGCAGCUGGUGGAGGACUUGAAGACGAGACUGAAGUUCCUGCAGGAGAUGGAGAAAAGUUACCGUGGGCAGGUGGAGGACCUGGAGAAGAAGGGGAAGGCUUUAUCGGAGGAGGCCUCCAACAGGAAGGCCCUGGUUGAUUCUCUGAAGAGGAGACUGAGUGUCGCAACAACAGAGAAAAGUCAAUGCGAAACCGCCUGUAAAAAACUGAAGGAGGAUCUAGAAAAGAAGGAGCAGCGCAUGCAUGCCUUGCAGGCCCGAGUGGGAGCCAGUGAGCAGGCUUUGGCUGCACUGGAACAGACGGCCACUGAGCAAAUGGAGGGGUUGACCCAGCAGAGCUCCCAUGCCUUGGACAGGAUUCAGAGACAGCUCAGUCAAGCCUUCUCCCAGCUGGAGCAGCUUCAUUCUUUCAUCAAGGCCCUGGCCAGUGAAAUACUUUUAGAUGUUCAAGAGGUCAAGCAGCAGUUGAUGAAGAGGAGGAGGUUGAGGCAGGCCAACGCUGUGGGAGCAAAGGGCCUGCGCUCAGCCAAGUCUAUGAUCAAAGCCAAGUCCGUCGCUGCCUCAAUCCUCAAUAUGUCAGAGAAUGACCUCGCGGACAUAAUGGACACUGACCAGGGAGCGGAGCCUCGAUCAGAGAGUUCCAGAGACCAGGAGUGGCUGCAGCACCUCAACCACAUCCUCCAACAGAAGAUCCCCUCUGCCGGCCAGCUAAUGGAGGCUGUGCUCGUGAAGAUGAAGGAGAGGAAAGUGCUGACAGAAGAGCUGGCCGCGCUCGCAACACCAGUCAGCGAAAAAGCCUGACUCCCUGGGCUGAGGCUGGAAAAACUGUCAUCUGCUUCUUUUUCGCCUCCCCCCCCGGUUCUUACUCAGUGGGAGCUGGGCUGAGCCAAGCUGAGCCGGGGCAGCAGAACCAACAUUUGUUGGAAAAGCGCUGUCGACUCACUCCGGGUCCACUGGCUCAGCUCAAAGGCCCCGGCUUUUUGUAAAUGAGCCCUCGACAUCUGUGUUAGCGCUCAGUGCACUAUGUCUAUUGGACAGGGCCCCUUUAGCGCCAAGCUCAUUUACUACAAUGCAGCCACUCUGGACGCAGACCUGGGGUGAUAAGGCAAAUGCUUACGUAAAUGUUUAAGUUUUUUUUUUUUUUUUUACUUCUCCCACUAAUUUAUUUGGCACCUGUAGCACCUUAGGGUGCAGGGACUUGACCUAGCAGUGCCAAGUCAACACUUUCAGAUAGCCAAGUGUGUAAAAAAAAAAGCACAGAUUAUUCCCUAUAAGUUUGGAUCCAUUUAUCAGACC